ACUGUUUUUAUACGUGAUUUAAAACUUAUUAUGGCUUUUAUUUUUUCCCGAGAACCGGAAACCAUAGAAAUACAACACGAUUUCACAACACUUGAAAUAGUAAUGUCGAAUGCUGUCAAACAUCGGUCGUAGCUCGUGUUGAUGGUGUUGAUCGAGUAGUUUGUUCGGUUGUGUUAUGUGAAUUGGAAUCGCCGUGUCGGCAGCUGACGUCUGAUUGUUUGUACACAAAUCGGGAACCAGACUGGUGUAAGUAAGCGCACGAGAGCAAUUUUCCAAGGGCACACUUGUUGCUGUUUUCCGAAGCCGAGCCGAGCGGAACUCACCACAAGUCAUUUUGACAGCACCUAAUCGGCGACAAAAAUGGACGACCAUCCGAUGGACGAGUUUUGCGGCUCUAAAUUUUGGGAUUACAACUUGACAUGGUAUACCGACGACCCCGAUCUGACGCCUUGUUUCCAGCAGACGGUGCUGGUGUGGGCGCCAUGCGCAUUCCUGUGGCUGUUUUCCAUCAUCGAACUCUUUUACCUCAGACACAGUCGCAACCGAAACAUACCGUGGGGAACGUUAAACAUCUCGAAACUGGCAGUAAUCAGUAUGCUAGUGAUAUUAUCCUUAGUAGAUGUCAUUAAAGCAAUAUCGGCGGACGGAUCAGUUCCGCCGGUUUAUUUUUACACCCCAGUGAUAAAAAUUGCCACCUUCGCUUUCGUCGCUGUUCUUGUGUACUUGAACAAAUUGAAUGGAAUGCGAACUUCGGGUUUGCUGUUCCUAUUCUGGUUCCUGCUCAUUGUGUGCAGUAUACCACGUUUCCGUACAGAGGUUCGCUCCUAUCAGAGUCGAUUGGAGCAAGAUUCGUGGGCUAAUUAUCACUUUGUGAGCUUUAUGAUUUUCUUCGUUUGUUCAUGUGCAAUGUUCGUGCUAAACCUUUUCAUCGAUAAACCUCCCCAAACGACCAAGUAUGAAGUUACGGAUAAAGAUUGUCCUGAAUUGUCGGCAACCUUCCUUUCGCGCUUGGUGUUCGGUUGGUUCGACAAACUUGCCUGGACAGGAUUCAAGAGACCGCUGGAGAAUGAGGAUCUAUGGAAUAUGAAGCCGGAAGAUGCUUCGAAAGAAGUUUCCCCUUUGUUCAUGCAGUAUUGGAACCAAACUCUGGAGAAGACAUACAAAACGCGUGAAGUGAACGAUGUUACCAGCACAGCUAGCUUCAAAAAACAGUCCUCGAGAGUUGACUUCAAAACAACGAAAACCAAAAAGAUUGCUUCAAUCUUGCCGGCGUUGGUGAAAGCUUUCGGACCGACAUUUGCCUUCGGAUCGUUUCUGAAACUGGGACAGGAUGUUCUCACGUUCGCUUCACCACAAAUUCUUAGACUCAUCAUUACCUUCGUCGGCACGGAUGAACCAAUGUGGAAGGGCAUAUUCUAUGCGUUUCUGUUGUUCGCGGUUGCGGCCGUACAAACUCUCUUUUUGGCCCAAUACUUUAACAGAAUGUUUUUCGUUGGGUUGCGGAUUCGUACCGCACUCAUCAGCGCCAUCUACCGAAAGGCUUUGAUCAUCUCCAACAGUGCCCGGAAAACAUCAACAGUUGGGGAAAUUGUGAAUCUCAUGGCUGUCGAUGCGCAAAGAUUUAUGGACCUAACGACAUACAUCAACAUGCUGUGGAGUGCCCCGUUGCAGAUUGGAUUGGCCCUGUUUUUCCUGUGGGAAAUACUUGGUCCGUCUGUGCUGGCCGGACUAGCCGUUAUGAUCAUUUUGAUUCCUGUAAAUGGCGUGAUAGCCAAUCAAAUCAAGACCUUGCAGAUUAAGCAAAUGAAGAAUAAAGACGAACGCGUUAAGCUGAUGAAUGAAGUGCUGAGUGGCAUUAAGGUUCUGAAGCUGUACGCAUGGGAGCCAAGUUUUGAACAGCAAAUUCUCAAAAUUCGUGACAAGGAAGUGAAGGUGCUCAAAUCAGCCGCUUACCUCAACGCUGGAACAUCUUUCAUUUGGUCCUGUGCACCGUUCCUGGUAUCAUUGGUCACUUUCGCAACCUAUGUCAUGGUGGAUGAAAAUAACGUCCUGAAUGCUACCACGGCUUUUGUUUCACUAGCACUCUUCAACGUUCUUCGGUUUCCGCUCUCGAUGUUGCCUAUGCUCAUCUCUAACAUGGUGCAAACUAGCGUUUCUGUGAAACGCAUCAACAAAUUUCUCAAUCAGGAAGAGCUGGACCCUGACAACGUUCAACACGAUGAAAAACAAUCAUGUCCACUGGUGAUUGAGGACGGGGCGUUUUCAUGGGGUGGAGAUGAAACGACACUCAAAAAUAUCAACAUGAAGGUGGCAAAGAACGAUCUGGUUGCCAUCGUGGGCACGGUUGGUUCUGGAAAAAGCUCACUUCUAUCGGCAUUUUUGGGCGAAAUGGACAAAGUCUCGGGACGUGUGAAUACGGUGGGAAAAAUCGCCUAUGUUAGCCAGCAGGCUUGGAUCCAGAAUGCCACACUGCAGGACAAUAUUAUUUUUGGUAAACCACUGGACAUCAAACUGUACAACAAGGUAAUAUCGGCGUGUGCAUUGAAACCGGACAUCGAGAUGUUGCCUGGCGGAGAUCAGACCGAAAUUGGAGAGAAGGGUAUCAAUUUGUCCGGUGGACAGAAGCAGCGCGUGUCGUUGGCUCGGGCCGUGUACAACGAUGCGGAUAUCUAUUUUCUGGACGAUCCCCUGAGUGCGGUAGAUUCCCACGUUGGUAAACAUAUAUUCGAGCAAGUUAUCGGACCGAAUGGACUACUCGCGAAGAAGACGCGUGUGCUGGUUACGCACGGUAUAACGUAUCUGUCGCACUGUAACAACAUCUUCGUUAUGAAGGACGGCGAAAUUUCCGAAUCAGGCUCGUAUCAGCAGCUGAUGGACAAGAAGGGUGCCUUUGCGGAGUUUUUGAUUCAGCACUUGCAGGAAGUCAACGAAGAAGAAGAAGACAUUGAUGAGAUUAAAGCACAGCUCGAAUCGGGUGUUAGCAAUGUGGAGCUCAAGCACAAAUUAGAACGAGUAAUCAGCAAGCGAUCGAGAAGUGGCAGUUCGUCCGAUUCAGGUAAUGAGCUCUCGAGACAAGCGUCGGAAAUCGGCGGUAGCAAUUCGAGUUUGCGACGAAGGACUCCGGAAAAGAAGGCCCCAGAAGAAGAACAGAAGAACAAGUUGAUUGAACAGGAAAAAUCCGAAACAGGAAGUGUCAAAUGGGAGGUGUAUAAGCAUUAUUUGGCCAGUAUAGGACUUACUCUCUCUGUGGCAACAGUGAUUCUGAAUUUGAUUUUCCAAGGAUUCUCAAUCGGAUCCAACCUGUGGCUCUCGAAAUGGUCAACCGAUCAAGCAGCGGAAAAUGACACCAGUGUUCGAGAUAUGUAUCUCGGAGUGUACGGUGCCUUCGGAGCUGGCCAAGUGUUUUCUGUGCUACUGUCCACGCUGGCGCUGUAUGUCGGAGCACUUGGCGCGUCCCGUAUCCUGCACAAACAGUUGCUAGAAAAUGUGCUGCGCGCACCGCUUACAUCGUUCUUCGACGUAACCCCACUCGGACGGGUGCUGAAUCGUUUCAGCAAGGAUGUCGACACUACCGAUACCGAUCUGCCGGCAACGCUCCGCGCUUGGAGUGCCUGCUUCUUCGGGGUGGUUGCCACCUUAGUUGUGAUAACUAUCUCGACCCCGAUCUUCGGUCUCGUCAUUGUGCCGAUUGGCAUAUUGUACUAUACCGUGCAACGGUUCUAUGUGGCGACUUCACGACAACUUAAACGGUUGGAGUCGGUCUCCCGGUCGCCUAUAUACUCGCAUUUUGGAGAAUCGCUUCAGGGUGCCCAAACAAUCCGGGCAUACAAUCUACAGGACAGAUUCAUCGGCGAAUCGGAAGCCAGGGUAGACUUCAACCAGGUGUGCUACUUCCCGAGUAUCAUUGCCAAUCGUUGGCUCGCAGUAAGGCUGGAGAUGGUGGGCAACUUGAUUAUCUUAUUUUCGGCUUUAUUCGCUGUCUUGGGUCGUGAGACUAUGAAUCCCGGCUUAGUUGGAUUGUCCGUCUCGUAUGCGCUUCAGAUUACCCAGACCCUCAACUGGUUAGUGCGCAUGACUUCGGAUGUGGAGACCAACAUUGUUGCGGUGGAGCGUAUCAAGGAGUACGGAGAAACAAAGCAGGAGGCUGCCUGGGAGAUUCCGAAUAGCAAGCUUCCCAAGGAUUGGCCGGAGCUAGGUCGCGUUGAGUUCCAAAAUUUCCAGGUGCGUUACCGUGAGGGGCUCGAUUUGGUCCUGAAAGGUAUAACUUUUGCGGUGGAAGGAGGCGAAAAAGUUGGCAUCGUUGGUCGCACCGGCGCUGGCAAAUCCAGCCUUACGCUGGCCUUGUUCCGUAUCAUUGAGUCGGCUGGUGGAAAGAUCAUCAUUGAUGGACACGAUAUCUCCCAGCUUGGACUACAUGCGUUGAGAUCACGACUGACAAUAAUUCCGCAGGAUCCAGUUCUGUUCUCGGGAACAUUGAGAAUAAAUUUGGAUCCGUUUGAGGCGCACUCGGAUGAGGACAUAUGGAAAGCUUUGGAACACGCACAUCUUAAAGCUUUUGUGAAAGGUCUAACAGCGGGAAUAAAUCAUGAGGUAACCGAGGGCGGUGAAAACUUAUCCGUGGGACAGCGUCAAUUAAUUUGCCUCGCAAGAGCCCUAUUACGAAAAACCAAGGUACUUAUUUUAGACGAAGCCACCGCUGCUGUUGAUUUGGAGACCGAUGAUCUCAUUCAGAAAACAAUUCGCACUGAGUUCAACGAUUGCACUGUCCUAACCAUAGCGCAUCGUCUCAACACUAUCAUGGACUCGGACAAGGUGAUUGUUCUGGACAAAGGACAAAUACAGGAAUACGAUGCACCCGAAGAGUUGCUGCAGAACAAAUCCUCUGCUUUCUACAGCAUGGCCAAGGAUGCUGGUCUAGUGUAAUUAUUUAGUUUGCUUUCGUUUGUUUGUAGCUCAUCUGCUAGGAUUAAUGUUUCAUUAUAUGUUUAUAAUGAUGUUUUGUUAAUGAUACUUAUUUGAAUCUUCUACACAUUACAUUCGUACAUGUGCUCCUAGCACACAAUUGUUCAACUGGCAACGGAUGUACAUUGAAACAUUGUACUUAUGCACAGUAUUUAUGUACUUAUGUUCACCGAAGCGAAAGAUCAAGUUAUAGGAACGACAUUUCAUUUGUAUACUUAAUACCUAAUGCUACUUAAUUUACAUUCAUCUCAAAAUUAUACUCAAUAAGUAUCUCAAGCCAAACCAGCACUCAACAAAAACAACACGCAUAUACCCAUAGUUGGCAGUAAUAAAGAUGUGUUCAGGAACGCUUGAA